AUGGACGUUGUUGGAUUUCUCUCUAAUGACCAAAUGAAACUCAAAGGACUAAAAGACGGUUCUUUCGGGGUAGGCAGUCUUGUUGCCACGACCCUGGAUGCCAUAAUUGACGCAGGCAGACUCUUCUCUGCUCGGCAAGCUGGUUCAACUGUAAUAGAUCUGGCUUGCCUUGAUUCGCCUAAUAGCCAUUUGAGUCUCUUCGACACGCCUAAUGCUGCUAACGGUGCCGUCGAAGAACUGGCCAGCAGUCAUGCAGACAAGUUUUCGAACUGUGUUUUCUCCAUCGUUCGAGAAGGCUGGUAA